CAGAGACGGCUCAAAAUGGCGGACGAGCUGGAGCAGAUCGAAUUAGGCUUUGAGGAAAGACUAGAAGAAAUCAACAACUGGCUCAAAAAUGGAGGAUACGAAAACUAUAAAGAAGCUAGACGCCUUGCAGAGGAAGAAUCCCUCGAAGAUCCUGAAACUGAUCCUUUUAAGUCAAAGUAUAAAGCUAGAAGAAUCUUGUUAGAUUUGAAAGCUGAAUUGGCAUCAUUCUUAGAUGACGAAAUCCCCAGCGAAAAAGCUAAGAUCCUAAAGGCUGCUCUUGAUUAUCAGAUUGGACAAAAUUACAUUGAAACUGAAGAGCUGAGUAUGGGCGAGGAACUUUUUAAAAAUUGUAUCAAUACUCUCGCAGAAUAUCGCAUGGACAAAAGAAGUUGCUCUGUACACUUGCAUGCUUUGAACGAGCUGGGAAUUAUCUGGUCCAAAAGAGGUGACUCUGAAAAAGCGUUGGGAUUUCUACAGGAUGCAGAGAAGUUGUACUAUAGUUACAAAAAAGAAGUGGAGGGCUGCUCUCCUUAUGACAUUCAAGAGUAAGUUAAACAUUGACUCAAUUUAUUCAGAUGAUUAUUAAUUCCUCCAUCACCCACCUGAAAAGUCUUAUCCUUUUUUUAUACCAAAGUGCUUCGUGUAGUCAAAGGGUACUCGAGGAAUUAUACUUUGUUGAGUGUCACUUAUUCAGUUUUCAGCAAUUCAGGGGGAAGGAGCUUUACAAAAUAUAAAUUUGUUGUCUGGUGUUGUGCACGUCAGGAUAAUCCUGGGUAUAGUUCUAAAGUGAAACCAGGGUACAUGUAGCAACACAAAUUUUUUUUUUCCCAUGGUUACAUACUCAUGUACAUACACAGAAGGUUGUGUAAGAUAAUAACACAAAGUUUUUCUUUUCAUGGGUUACAUACUUGAUUACUCACACAGAAAGUUUUGGGGGCUGUCCUGGUGUACCGGUACACGGGGGAAUUCCUAUUGUUUUCAUAUCCAUACAUGGAGUUGUGACGCAGUUCGUUAAUGUUUCGUUCCUUUGUGUACCAGUACACGAGGACACAACCAAGUUUUGCUUACCAGUCUGAUGAAAAUUUUGAUGAUAAAAAGAGAAAAAAAUGGGAGGCUUACUUCACUGGUAUCAGUGUGUCUCAGGGAAAACAACACCAAAAGGCUGCCAUGAUUUAUUAGAUCUCAUAAUGAUAGUGGUCUUAGAAAUCUGAGUCAUUCUGAUAAAGUAAAACAUUAAUUUUUCAGGAAUAGUUGUCACACAAUUUACUCAGUCUUUUUAUUGGCAAUGUUCUUUGUUGUGCAGAACUGCAAAUUUUUCCAAAUUCUUUAGUUGUUCUUAUCAUGAGGUAACCAGAGAGUGCAUUUCCUACAUUUUACAGUACAUUUAUAACAGCACAUCUCAGUAAACAGAAUACAUGAUGUUGUCAUAAUCUAUUUAUCUGUAGACUCUUUUAUCCUGAAGACAACUUCCUCUCGGAUGCUGAACGGGAAAGGGCUUUCAGCGCGACCUUCACUCAUACUUUGUAUUACUUAGCACAAGUCAAUGCAGCCUUGGGGCAUUCUAAAAAAGGGGCAAUGUAUUGUCACACAACUCUAUGUCGCCAGCUGGAGACAGAACAGUAUGAUCCAGUUGACUGGGCUCUUAACUGCGCAACACUGUCUCAGUACUACAUUACACAAGAAAAAUAUACAUUGGCAAGACAUUGCCUGGGUAGGUAAUCUUGGUUUUUCAGGCUCCUUUCCUCUAUUUUAUGUCCUCCUUAGUAAGGUUAGUUUGAGGUACAAUUUUGGCCAAAACAGGAAUUUUCUCCAAGUUUUCAUAUAGAGCAAACUUAGUGAUUUUACUUUCUUUUUUUGUGUAGAAUUAUAAUGUCAGCAAGUUAUUUGCAUUUUUAUUCCAUACAGUUAACUUUAUUCCUCUGUCUAUAUGUAAAAAAGCGCUUACCUGAACCUUUUUUCAAUAGAUGAAAGUCUUAAGCUUAUCCUUGGUGUAAUAGGUAAAAAACCAUCAAACUCAUCAAUGAAUUUGAAAUGAGGCCAAAAUGGUCUAGUAAAACAGAAAUAUAUGGCAAACUCACCACUGAGCACAGAAGCCAUUGCAAGGUUGCUAUUGUGAGGUUCAGUUUGUUUAGAGGGGGUUUAACUUAACUACAAGUCUGAUGUAGAAAUGCCUCAAUUAAAGAUAUUAAUCAUCAGUGGUCUUUGAGGCAACUUUGUGCUGGCAGUAGUCUCAAGUCAAAUAUGGCAGGAAAAUCAUUAUAAAUGCAAAAAAAGAUUUAAAAAUCUGCAUCAACUGUGUAUGGAUUUUAGGUAUUUCCAAUACCAAAGCAAAUAGAAACUCUGCUAAAAAACUUUCAUGCUCACUGGAGUUGAGGAACUGGAAUAAUGAAGGUUUAAGGAUAUCCUCAGCAACAGCCUUGUAGUUAAGUUCCAACCAUUCUUAAUCAAAGAUUGAUUGGCAAGAUAUUUAGCAACUGAACACCAAGUGCAAAUGGCUACAAAGUUCACCAUAGGUAAAAUUCUGCUAAGCAUGUAUGAAGUCAUUCAUAACCUUUUAACGUGACAAUGAUGAUAUUUAUAAAAUAAAUAAGUAACUUCUUUAAACACAGCAUGUUCCAGUCGUGUUUUCUCUGAGGCUGAAGAAACUGCUACAGUGGAGGCUGUGAGUGAGGAUGACAGUCAGGAAGAAAGAGAAAGAAAAGAAAGAAUUCCUCAAAGGAAGGCUGACAUCUCUCGCUGUUGGAGUAAAUAUUGUUUGGAUGUGUUGAGAACAUCAAGAGAUCGGUGUGUACAAGAAUUGACCAAUGCUGAUCAGAAUGAUGAAGAACAAAAAACAGAGAAAGGUUGGGAAAGUUGUUUUUACUACAGUAACCUAGAAUUCAAUUCCCUAAAUUUAAGGCAUAAGGUAAAUUUCUUCUGGUAAACAAACCCUAUGAAGUGAUAGUUAACCAAGAGUUAUCAUUUGUAGCAGGUAGCGAGAUCUGCUUUGUGUCAUUCUCAUUAGUGUCUGCUUCAAGAAACCCCUUUGAUACAACUUCCAGUGAAUUAUUCACUUUAGUUAUGUAGCUGUCAUUAUGAAUAUUAUGGUCUUUCUUAAGAAAUUUACACAACACUUUACAUACCAAGCCAAUAUGUAUGGCAAAAAGGGAGAUGAUCCUGUGAGUAAGCUGUUUCUGUCUCUGUGGGAGAUUUCAUGCCUUAUGUUUAUGAAGACAAGGCUGACCAUCUUCUGGAAAAAUAUCUUUCUUUCGUCAGAACUGAAGACAGUUUCUUCUUUCUACAUCAAGUUCAAAGUGUGUGUGUGUGUGUGUAAUCAUUAGAGCAAAGAUGUUGUAUAUAAUCCCUGAUUCUGGUAUUUAAGUCAAUCUAGUUUUUUCAAACCAAGAACCUCUAGAUAUAGCUCAAGAAAUAAUGUUGUUAAUUUAGAGGAAGUGUAGCUCUUUUGUUCAUAAUUUAUUUUCCUACACUGUCUCUCAUUACUGGAAUAACUUGAAUAACUCAAUCAAACAAAGCCAGUCUUUCUCCGAAUUUAGUAGGAGAUUAAGUCAUACUGAUUUUAAAGGGUGCUUUUGUCACUCCUCUCUAUGAAUUUGAUUGAUCUUUUUUAUUAUUAUGUACUUUUCCUAGACUGAUACAUCUAUAUACUCUAUUAGGAUCUUUGCAUAUUUUUUUUAUCUUAUAUAUUUAGCUUUACUUUUACCUAGGUAUUUUUACCUCUUUUUUUUGUGUUGUUGUCAAAUGUUUCAUACGUGAGCCUUGUUGCUCAUAAUAUUGGGCAACCACUUCCCAUUUCAAUGACAAUAAAUACAUUAAUACAAAACUGUUUUAAUUUGUAGAGAAGAAAAAUCAUUCCUAAAGAAGAAUGAGCAAGUACAGGUGUAGCAAGAAAACAGAAAGCACAAUCUGAAAGGAAAAACUUACAACUUAACCUACAACUCCAUAAACAUCUAUUCAAAAAUUUCUCAUCAGAAGUUUGGUGUACUGUACUGUAGAUAUGGGAAGAAACAUUUGAGACUGCCUGUUCAUACAGGUUUCACUGUGUGCAGUGAGUCAUGAUCGUAAAAAGAUGCCAAUGAAAAACCUAUUUCAUACAUAUCUUUAUUUUCCAGUGACUUCUGAUGGAAGUGCCAGGAAAGAAGAAAGCACUCAAGAAGGUGACACAGGAGAGCCCCUUAGAUUUGAGUCCCUUGAAGUUAUUUCCUUAGAACAGUCGGUACCAGACCACUUAAUAAAGUCAUAUGAUGAGGUAAACACUUUUUUCAAUUAAAUAUUUUUUUUAUCUUGAGAUAUUUUUCCAAGAUUUGGUAAUUAUUACUUGGGGAUUCAUUAAGUAUUAUUUACUUCCCUGCCCCUCAGCUGCAUUUUUUAUCAUUAAAGUUUGCCUGAUUCCAACCUUCAGUUUGUAAACUGAGUGCUUCAGUGAAGGGAGAAAAAUCAGAUCUUGUCACAAACCUACAUCAUUUUAUUCACUCUGGGUCUCUAUUAUAUCCCAUUUUCUGCAUGUUGUGUUCACAAAUUUAAUUCCUGGAACAGGCUGCCAUCUAAUUAAACUAGUCCUAUAAUGAGACAAUCAAAAAAGGUAAUUCAAUCAUACUUACCUUCUCUCAUCUACCAGUCAUUAUUAAAUGCUAUAUGAUCUUUCAUUUCUCUCCCACAGGCACGUGUCCUGUUUCUGGAGGGACAAAAAUGGCUCAACAUCUCCAAACAAUUCUAUGUGCUGGACGGUCAUGUGACCAAUCACGUAGAAAUCAUACAGGACUUGAGCCAGCUAUACAAACUGUUGUCAUUCUUUGAUGAAGACUUUGAAAGGCGAUGCAAAAUGCACAAACGGCGAGUGGAUAUGCUGAGUGAAGUUCUUAUCGAGUUGAAUCCCCAGCAUUAUCUUUUGGUCUGUCGACAAUUGAUGUUUGAAAUUGCAGAAGCAUACAGUGACAUGGCUGAUCUAAAAAUAGCUAUUGUGGAUGAGUCAGGCGAGCAUCCAAAUGCACAUGCAGUCAAAAAAAUAAAUACAUUGAUAAACCAAAGUAUAAAGUUUUUCAAGAGCUUUAUCGACUCUAUGAAGAAUAAAGGUGCUUUGCCUGAAACAUUUGCUGAGGACACUGUGCGCCCAGCUCUUGUGGCACAUUUUUAUGUUGCACGGCUUUACUCCAAGCUGAUAUGCUCAGACAAACAUCUCAAGGUUGAUAAUUUGAAGAAGAGUUUGGCUAUUUACCAGUAUCUUGUGGGAUAUUGUGACAGCCACCCUGGUGUGUCAGACAUGGCAUUCAAGCAGGAGAUUGGUGUUUCCAGGGAAAUGGCUCAACUUCUUCCUUUCAAGAUGGAUAAAAUCAUGAAAUCUGAAUCAUGACAUUUGCAGUGGAAUGGUCAUUAACUUUCAGUUUGCUACUGGGACUGAAAAUGGACUUCGACUCCUAAUACUAGCAGGCUAAACACUGUACAUAAUCGAUUGCUAAUAAAAUUUCAUGCCUUUCUAGUAAUACUGUUUCAAUGAAUUAAAACAUGAG